UGUGAUAAUAUGAGAGAGAUUCUCCAAAAUGUGGCCAAAUUACAAGGCGUUUCAAAUAUGAGAAAACUAGGUCACUUGAAUAAUUUUACUAAGCUUCUUUGUAAUACUGGCCAUGCUGAAGAAAAGUUAGGGUUUACAUAUGACAGCAUCAUAAUAUGUCUGCGGUUAGCUUUACUAAAUGAAGCAAAAGAGGUGCGAGCAGCAGGAUUGCGAGCACUCCGCUAUCUCAUUCGAGACUCCAGUAUUCUCCAGAAGGUGCUAAAGCUGAAAGUGGAUUACUUGAUAGCCAGGUGCAUUGACAUACAACAAAGUAAUGAAGUAGAAAGAACACAAGCACUUCGAUUAGUCAGAAAGAUGAUCACUGUGAAUGCAUCAUUGUUCCCCAGUUCUAUUACUAAUUCUUUGAUAGCAGUUGGAAGUGAUGGUCUUCAAGAAAGAGACAGAAUGGUUCGAGCGUGUAUAGCCAUUAUCUGUGAACUAGCACUUCAGAAUCCCGAGGUGGUGGCUCUUCGGGGUGGUUUAAGUACCAUCUUGAAAAAUGUGAUUGAUUGUCAACUAAGCCGAAUAAAUGAGGCUCUGAUAACUACAGUUUUGCACCUCAUUAAUCAUCCAAAGACCCGACAGUAUGUGCGAGCAGAUGUAGAAUUAGAGCGAAUUUUAGCUCCUUACACAGAUUUUCACUACAGGCAUAAUCCAGACACAGCAGAAGGACAACUCAAGGAGGACAGAGAAGCACGGUUCCUAGCUAGUAAAAUGGGAAUAGUGGCAGCAUUUCGAUCAUGGGCAGGUAUUAUCAGCCUGUGCAAACCUGGAAAUUCUGGCAUUCAGUCUCUUAUUGGGGUACUCUGUAUACCAAAUAUGGAAAUACGGCGAGGUCUUCUGGAAGUUCUCUAUGAUAUAUUUCGCCUUCCUCUCCCUGUUAUCGCAGAAGAAUUUAUUGAGGCACUUCUCAGUGUAGAUCCAAGCAGGUUUCAGGACUGUUGGAGGCUUUCUGAUGGCUUUGUAGCUGCUGAAGCUAAAACUAUAUUACCCCAUCGAGCCAGGUCAAGGCCUGAUCUCAUGGAUAAUUAUUUAGCUUUAGUGCUUUCAGCUUUUAUCACCAAUGGACUUCUGGAGGGUCUGGUUGAAGUGAUCACAAGUAGUGAUGAUCAUGUAUCUGUUAGAGCAACUAUCCUUUUAGGAGAACUUUUGCACAUGGCAAACACAAUUCUUCCUCAUUCUCACAGCCAUCACCUGCAUUGCUUACCAACGCUAAUGAAUAUGGCAGCAUCUUUUGACAUCAUGAAAGAGAAAAGACUACGAGCAAGUGCCGCACUCAACUGCUUAAAACGUUUUCAUGAGAUGAAGAAAAGGGGACCUAAACCUUACAGCCUCCAUUUAGAUCAUAUUAUUCAGAAAGCGAUCUCAACCCACCAAAAACGGGAUCAGUACCGCGUGCAGAAAGACAUCUUUAUUUUGAAGGAUACAGAAGAAGCACUUGUAAUGAAUCUUCGAGACAGCCAGGUUCUUAAUCACAAAGAGAACCUCGACUGGAAUUGGAAUUUAAUAGGGACCAUACUGAAGUGGCCAAAUGUAAAUCUAAGGAACUAUAAAGAUGAACAAUUGCACAGGUUUGUAAGGAGAUUGCUAUAUUUUUACAAGCCUAGCAGUAAACUGUAUGCUAACCUGGAUCUCGACUAUGCCAAGGCAAAGCAGCUCACUGUAGUGGGUUGUCAGUUUACUGAAUUUCUUCUUGAAUCAGAAGAGGAUGGACAAGGUUACCUGGAGGAAUUGGUUAAAGAUAUUGUACAUUGGCUCAACGCUUCAUCAGGAAUGAAACCUGAACGUAGUCUUCAAAAUAAUGGAUUACUAAAUACACUUAGCCAGCACUACUUUCUGUUUUUUGGUACUCUCUCUUGUCACCCUCAUGGAGUGAAAAUGCUUGAAAAAUGUAAUGUGUUUCAGUGUCUUCUUAAUCUUUGUUCUUUGAAGAACCAGGAUCACUUGUUAAAGUUGACUGUUUCUAGUUUGGAUUACAGCAGAGAUGGGUUAGCAAGAGUCAUCCUUUCUAAAAUCCUGACAGCAGCUGCUGAUAGCUGCAGGUUGUAUGCAACAAAACACUUACGAGUAUUGCUAAGAGCAAAUGUAGAGUUCUUCAGCAACUGGGGGAUCGAGUUACUAGUGACCCAGUUACAUGAUAAAAAUAAAACUAUUUCUUCUGAGGCACUUGAUAUUCUGGAUGAGGCAUGUGAAGACAAGGCCAAUCUUCAUGCCCUUAUCCAAAUGAAACCAGCUCUUUCUCAUCUUGGAGACAAGGGUUUGCUUCUACUCUUAAGAUUUCUGUCCAUCCCAAAGGGGUUUUCAUAUCUAAAUGAAAGAGGUUAUGUAACAAAACAAAUGGAAAAGUGGCAAAAGGAAUAUAACUUAAAGUAUGUUGAAUUGAUUGAAGAACAACUUAAUGAAGCACUUACAACAUACCGCAAACCUGUUGAUGGUGAUAACUACGUUCGUCGGAGCAACCAAAGAUUACAGCGACCACACGUCUACCUGCCAGUUCACCUUUAUGGCCAGCUGGUGCACCAUAAAACAGGCUGCCAUUUAUUGGAGUCUCAGAGUAUUGUUACAGACCUAAGUUAUACUGUUCGUUCCCCAAUGCUGGAUAAAUGGGAAGGAAUUAAGCAGCUGAAAGCAGCCCUUUGGGCCUUGGGCAACAUUGGAUCAUCAAAUUGGGGUCUUAACCUGCUUCAAGAGGAGAAUGUAAUUCCUGAUAUACUGGCACUUGCCCAACAUUGUGAGGUUCUCUCUGUUAGAGGAACCUGUGUCUACGUGCUUGGUCUGAUAGCCAAAACUAAACAAGGAUGUGACAUUUUGAAGCAUCACAAUUGGGAUGCAGUGAGACACAGUCGUAGACAGCCUUGGCCGGUGGUCCCUGAUGACAUGGAGCAGCUCUGCAAUGAACUUUCUUCUAUACCCAGCACUCUUAGCCUGAACUCUGAGUCCACCAGUUCUAGGCAUAACAGUGAAAGUGAAUCUGCUCCUUCCAGUAUGUUCAUCAUGGAAGAUGACCGUUUUGGUAGUACUUCCACUAGUACGUUCUUCUUAGAUAUUACUGAAGAUGCAGAACAAAUAUUUUAUGACAGACCUGGACCUUCAAAGGACAAAGACCGUAGUCCUUUUCCUUUUUUUUCCUCUAGCAGACUUGUGAAAAACCGUAUUCUAAACUCUCUUACUCUGCCUAAUAAAAAACACAGAAGUAGCAGUGAUCCAAAAGGAGUAGGAAAGCUGUCAUCAUCUGAUAGUAAAUCAGCCCUGAGGAGAAAUCGUACAGUAACAGAACCUUCCAGUAGCAUAGACUUUCCUGCUGGGGAGGAACUCAACACUGUUUUCAGAGUUCCUAAAAUCCAGACUUUACGAUUAGAAACUUCUUUUGUUGGAAGUAAGCACAUGGAAGAUACUGAUAGUACCCCAAGUAUUGGAGAAAAUGAUCUGAAGCUGCCAAAAGGUCUUGGAAAUGAAAUUCACCGGGAAAACACAAGCAGAGAAAGAUUAAUAGGAGAUGGUACUACACAAACACAUUUCAAGAGUCGUAGCUUAAGUUUUAAUACAGAUACCACAACAAGUGGCAUAAGCUCAAUGAGCUCUAGCCCUUCAAGGGAGACUGUAGGUGCGGACACUACAAAUGUAGAUACUGACUGUGGAAGUUUGAGUACUGUGGUAAGCACAAAAACAGUUAAACCAAGUCACUGUUCAACACCACAGUCUAACCACCUGCCUCUUUCAAAAUCCAACUCUGUAUCCCUGGUACCACCAGGGUCUUCUCAUACACUUCCCCGAAGAGCUCAGUCUCUUAAAGCUCCUUCUCUUGCUACAAUAAAAAGUCUUGCUGACUAUAACUUUAGCUACACAAGUUCUCGAGAUGCCUUUGGCUAUGCUACACUAAAGCGCUUACAACAGCAGAGAAUGCAUCCUUCACUGUCUCACUCAGAAGCCCUGGCAUCUCCAGCAAAGGACGUGCUGUUCACUGACACUAUUACUAUGAAGUCUGGCAGCCUGGAUUCUCGGCUAACCCCAAGCCGGUUCAUGAAAGCUUUAAGUUAUGCUUCAUUAGAUAAAGAAGAUUUACUAAGUCCUAUUAACCAAAACACACUUCAGCGUUCCUCUUCUGUUCGCUCCAUGGUUUCUAAUGCUACAUAUGGUAGCUCUGAUGAUUAUAUUGGCCUUGCUCUUCCAGUGGAUAUCAAUGAGAUAUUUCAGGUAAAGGAAACUCCAUAUUUCCAGAAGAAAACCACACCUCCAUUUGAUGACCGUGGGGCUAGGGUCUUUGCACCUGAUGCAGGAGGUCUUCCAUCAGGUACAAGUGAUGUUGUCAAAAGCCCUUUUCAGAUGCUCCGACAGCAGAUCAGUCUCACAGAAAUAAUGAAUACCAGUCGUUCAGAUGCCUCUCAGUUUCUGGAAAAUACAGAGGAUACAGGACUACAGGAGCACACGGAUGAGAACUGCCUUUACUGUGUCUGCAUUCAAAUACUGGGUUAUCAGCCUAACAACAAAGUGAACUCUUCUUAUAGUCGUACAGAUUUUUCAGACAUUUCUUACACUGACUGGUGUGGGCAGACUAUACACAAUCACUUAGAUGUGCAUUCCUCCAAAUUUUCUGGAAUUUCAGGCUGCAGUGAUGCAGUCUCCCAUGGUUCAGCUAGCAGCACCAAGAGUACAGAGCUUGUAUUGGGAGUAAAAUCGAUCCCAGAUGAUACACCGGUGUGCAGAAUACUUCUGCGGAAGGAAGUCUUACGUUUAGUAAUCAACUUGAGUAGUUCAGUAGGAACUAAGGGCCAUGAAACUGGACUCCUGACCAUUAAGGAGAAGUAUCCUCAAGCGUUUGAUGACAUAUGCCUUUACUCAGAGGUGUCCUACUUGCUAGCGCACUGUACUUUUCGACUUCCAUCCCGGAGGUUCAUUCAGGAGCUAUUUCAGGAUGUACAGUUCUUACAAAUGCAUGAAGAAGCAGAGGCUAUUUUAGCAACACCAACUACUCAACCAGUAAUUGAUCCAUCAGCUGACUCCUGACCUCUGUCUCACGCAAUGCAUUGCAUAUAGACUCUCUGAAAUGCUCAAACAACCUCUGACUGGAUAAAAAGCUUGGAGCAUCAUCUUCUAGGCCGUUCCAGAAGCUACUGGUACCUGAAGACUGAACUGAAAACUUUUUCUUCUUCAACCAAUUACUGCCCCAGUCUUCUGAGCCCUUUGGGGAGUUAUUAAACAUUACCAUAGUUUUAAUAAUAGUAAUUACCAGUAUAUGCAAGAGCCGAGCACUGAACACCUCCACAAGUUUUCAUUUCAUUUUCUACCAUAAAGUAAAAAAAAA